GUUGCCAACUCCAUCAACGACAACCAGCAUGUCCGUGGCUACGAUGCCGCUUGUGGGAAAGAAGUUCCAGGCGAAGCUGGGAGGCAUGGCCAACGAAGCCGUCGCCUCGGGCGUGUCGUCAUUCGCCAAGCGUCAGAUGGAAAAGAUGGGCUGGACGGAAGGCAAAGGGUUGGGCAAGGACGAACAAGGGAUGGCGACGCACAUCAAGGUGAAGCGGCGCGAGGAGAACGCCGGUGUGGGUGUCGAGACCAAAGAAAAGGAAGACCAGACCAACCAGUGGUGGUACAACGUGUACAAUAACGUGGCCAGCAAGAUUGUGGUCGACGCAUCCGACGACGACGACGAUGCUGCUGCAAAGGCGAAAAAGGCAAAGAAGAAGGCCAAGAAGGAGCUCAAGCGCAAACGCGAUGCGGACAACCCGAUCGACGAGCCCACGGACGAGCAAUUGUUUGCUGCCACCGGCGGUAAAAUGUUUGGCCGUCGGGCCUAUGGUUCGUGCAAGGGCAAACUCUUGCGGGAUGCAAUUCAAACGGGCAAAGUCGUGACUGACACUGUUGGAGACUCGAAAAAACGUGCCAAGAAGAGCAAAAAGGACAAGAAGUCAUCCAAACAAGAAAGUAGUGCGGACGAUGACGUGGCGGCAUGA